UAUGCCCUGAGAAAACAGAAACAGAGAGCCAAAAAAAAAACACACGAAGAACACGAACAGAGAGCAACAAUGUCGGAUCACAAUCCUCAAUCUCCGAACUUUAAUUCCUUAAGCAUCGAUCUCACCGAAUCCAUCUUUUCCCUCCUCCCAAUCCCUUCCCUUGUCCGCUCCUCCGCCGUCUGCAAGCUCUGGCGCUCCGUCAUCACCUCCCUUCCUCCGCCGCAACCGUCGCCGUCGCCGUCUUCGCCUUGGCUUUUCCUCUUCGGCAUCCACAACACCUCCGCCUUCCACAACCAGUCCUUCGCCUUCGACCCUCUUUCCGACACCUGGCUCCGCCUUCCCGCCGCCGCCUCCUUUCCUUCUCUCCACAUUGUCGGCUCCGACAGGUUCCUCUUCUCCACCGCUCCGAGAUUCUCCUUCUCCCCGAUUCUGAAGCCUCGGUGGAGAUUCUGUUCUCCGGUGCGAUUUCCUCGGAUUAGCCCUCUUUUGGGGGUUUUCUCCGGCAAGAAGGGUUCGUUAAAGUUCGUUCUCGUCGGCGGUUCUGGAUUCAUCGGUGGAUUGGUCGACAUCGAGGAUCGUCAAGCCGUCGAGAUCUACGAUCCUGUUCUCGAUGCGUGGGAGCUGUGUCCGCCACUUCCCGCCGAUUUCAGAUCAGGUUACGCUUAUCAAACCCUAUCUUCGGCUCUGUUCGGGGGAAGAUUCUACGUUUUUGGAAUCUAUUCAUGCUUUAUCACCUCCUUCUGCUUGGAUUCAUACACAUGGAGCGAUGUUCAAACUCUGAGACCACCCGGGCUUCUCUUUGGUUUCCUGAAUUCGUGUAACAACAUGCUUGUUCUUGGUGGAAUGUGUCUCUCGACUCGUGGGUAUUCGUUUAAUCUGUGGAAAAUCGAUGAGACAUUGAUGGAAUUCAGCGAAAUCGCCAUCAUGCCUGAGGGUUUGUUGUCUGGAUUGGUGGAUAAUGAGGAUGAGGACAGUACCAAAUUUGCGAGCUUGAAAUGCAUUGGAUCAGGGAAUCUGAUUUACGUGUUCAACGAAGAUUAUCACAAGAAGUACCCAGCUUGUAUAUGCGAGAUCAUCAAUGGAGAGAGAGGGAUUUGCAGAUGGAGGAGAGUGCCUCAAUUGCCUUCACCAGUCAACAAGUUUCAUAAAGUUGUGAGCUUUUGCUCGAGUGUAUCGAUCAGUGACGUCUUCCAGCCCGAUGAGCCGUAACAUUGGUUCAAUCAACGCUUGAAUUCGCUUUCCAUCCAUGUCAUUGUCAAUGAAACUCUGUAUAGCCAAGUCAUUCCCGUGUUGUUAGCCCCUUUUAGUUCCUCUUCGAAUCUCCGAUGCAAUGGCCGAGAAGGGUUCGAGCUCGUAAAACAGAACUAGUCGGGUUCCUCUGUGCAAGCACGAUCGAUAUCUGUAUCGUUUCUGUCAGUAGUUGAUCACCAAUGUUAUAUCUUACCAGUUGGUUAAACCCCAUUCUUGCAAUUCAAAGUUCUGGUCUUUUCAUGCAUCUAAUGAUGAGAAUGGCAAUGUUUCCGUGCUAUUGAUAGUAACAGUUGUAUUCGGACAUGAACAGAGAAGAGAAAAAGAAGAUGGGAGACAUCUUCCAAUA